UCUUCAAAACUGUUCUCCACUGUCUUUCUGUCUCUCUCUCUCUCUCUCUCGCUCUAUAAAAGAGAAGAGGAGAUCUUCCCCUCCCCUGAAAAGCCUAAACCUCCGCUACUCCUCUCAACGACCGCCCUCUUUUACUAUUCUUGUCCCUCCUCUCUCUCCUUCCACACAAACAACUUCCACCUCCUCUCUCUCUCUCUCCUCCACCUCCUCCUCCUCCUUGUAUUAAACCUACAUUCUUGGCAUGGACGGUCGCCGGCGACGUCGACCAUCCUCUAGCCCCUCGAAACCCCUUCCUCCCUCCACCACUGCCGGCGAACUCCUCCUCAGCUCUGACCACCAUUACCCGAAAGCCUCGGACGCCCUCCCGCUCCCUCUCUGCCUCACUAACGCCGUCUUCCUCGCCCUCUUCUUCUCCGUCGCCUACUUCCUCCUCCGCCGGUGGCGCGAGAAGAUCCGUGACUCCACCCCCUUGCACGUCGUCACCCUCUCUGAGCUCGCCGCCCUGGUCGCCCUCCUUGCCUCCCUCAUUUACCUUCUCGGCUUCUUUGGCAUCGGCCUUGUGCAGUCCUUCGUCUCGCGGUCGCCCGCCCGGCAAGACAUCGGCGGCCUUAGCGGCCCUUGGCACGUCAUGGAGCAAGAGGAGGACAAGUUCAUCAUCAAGGAGGAGGACCGCGAGGGCUGUGGCGGCGCAUGCACCCAAUGCACCGUGGGGCCGCUUGCCGGCGCCCUUUCGACGUUUAUCUCCCUGACUGAGGAAGACGAGGAGGUCAUCAAGUCUGUCGUGGCCGGGACGACACUGUCCUAUUCCCUGGAGUCAAAGCUCGGGGACUGCAAGAGAGCAGCUGCGAUCCGGCGCGAGGCGGUGCAGCGCAUGACGGGGAGGUCCAUGGAGGGGCUGGCAUUCGAGGGCUUCGACUACGCGUCGAUUCUGGGCCAGUGCUGUGAGAUGCCGAUCGGGUACGUGCAGGUCCCCGUGGGGGUCGCAGGCCCGCUGCUGCUCGACGGGAUUGAGUACGUGGUCCCGAUGGCAACAACGGAGGGUUGCUUGGUAGCGAGCACCAACAGGGGUUGUAAGGCGAUAAACACGUCCGGUGGCGCUACGAGCGUCGUGCUGAGGGAUGGGAUGACUCGGGCCCCCGUGGUGAGGUUCGGCUCCGCCAAGCGUGCUGCGGAGCUCAAGCUGUUCCUGGAAGAUCCCAGCAACUUCGAUACCAUAUCGGUUGUGUUCAACAGGUCAAGCAGGUUUGCCAGAUUACAAGACAUUAGGUGCGCAGUCGCGGGGAAAAAUCUGUACAUGAGAUUCAUGUGCAGCACAGGCGAUGCAAUGGGGAUGAACAUGGUCUCUAAAGGUGUCCAAAACGUCCUCGAUUUCCUCCGGACCGACUUCCCUGACAUGGACGUUAUCGGCAUUUCCGGAAACUAUUGCUCGGACAAGAAGCCUGCAGCGAUUAACUGGAUAGAGGGAAGGGGGAAGUCGGUGGUGUGCGAGGCAGUGAUAAAGGAGGAGGUGGUGCAGAAGGUGCUGAAGACAACCAUACCGGCACUGGUGGAGCUCAACAUGCUUAAGAACCUGGCUGGAUCAGCCAUGGCCGGUGCGCUUGGUGGGUUCAACGCCCAUGCCAGCAAUAUCGUGUCAGCCAUCUACAUUGCCACUGGACAAGAUCCGGCGCAAAAUGUGGAGAGCUCUCACUGCAUCACCAUGAUGGAGGCCGUCAAUGAUGGCAAGGAUCUUCACAUUUCCGUGUCCAUGCCUUCCAUUGAGGUGGGUACAGUUGGAGGGGGCACCCAACUUGCAUCGCAAUCGGCUUGUCUGAACCUACUCGGUGUGAAGGGUGCAAGCCAAGACUCUCCCGGCUUGAACUCGAGGCUUUUGGCCACCAUUGUGGCUGGUGCCGUGUUAGCUGGGGAGCUUUCACUCAUGUCCGCUCUGGCUGCCGGUCAACUCGUUAAGAGCCACAUGAAGUACAAUAGAUCUUCCAGGGAUGUCUCCAAAAUGGCAUGCCAAUAAGAGAACAAGAUGACCCCACUUUGAUUCACGAAAUCACACACCUUCAAACGUUGGGAAUGGGGAGAAUAAGCUAAGAGAAGUUAGAAAUAAUCAUCUAUGCUGGACAUGGCGAGAGAGAGAGAGAAUUAGGAAGAGGGCAGGCAUUAAGGACUAAUACAAGGGCAUGUGGUACGAAGAUAACAAGAAGGCAAAGACUUAGGAAUUGGAAUAUUUAGUGAAAGCCGUAUGAAAGUUAGGUCUUUCUAUGUCCAUGUGUAUAAUAGAUCCUGUCUUUUAAUGAAGGGUCGCUUCUGUUUGCAACUCUUUCCAAUCUGGCCAAGAUUACACCAGCAAUCUGGUUCUCUCUUGCCAGCAAUCAGUUGUUUCGCCUUGUCUCUCUGUAAUCUCCAUUGAUCUGUAUGGUGUUUUUUUAUUAGCAUAAUGGUCUUGUCUUUUCAGAGGGACAUAUCAGAGGAGAUUUUAGAUA